GGGGAAAGAAAUGAAUAUUUUUUUUAAUGCGCCACCAGCAAAAAGGAAAACCUCCAAACAAACCAGAAACAGUUGAAAUACCAAAUGAAAGCUGCAUCCCAACGGCUACACCCUUUUCUUCUCCUUCAUUCGAGUCUCUUGAGCUUCAGGAGAAGCGAUACAACAAUUCAACACAUUUACGUCCCACCAUCCACAUCUCCCCCAAACCCAUUUUACCCACCUUUCUUUUCUUCUCUUCCUUCUUCUGCUGGUUUACGUUCUCUGCAAGCACAUUCCUCUGUCCAGUAGUUCAAGAGUACAUUGUCUUGAAGCUACCACCUUUCACUUGCUCCAUACGUACUCAUCCGAGGAUUCUCCUUACUCACCACCUACUUAAAAGAAUUCUUUGAAACCUACCCUUUUCAUAUACGCUUGCUUCCGCUCAGCUUAAUCUCAAUCAAACUGAGCUUCAAAAAAAAUCUUAAUCAAACUGAUCUUCAGUCAGGUGACUUCUCAUUUCUCAAGAGAAUCAAAACGCAAACUUCUGAUGAGACCUGAAAUCCUCUCUCUACCCAUUUGCUCCUUUCACCUAACACUGCUUUCGGAUUCAAAUCCUUAAAGCCAAAGCUGGUUUUUGGAUCUCUGUUCUUUUCUUCUCUCUUCUUAUGCAUUUCCAGGGAAGAGGGAAGGAGGAAUUAUGCCUUUCGGGUUGGUUUCUGCUUGGAACAAGAGAAGGAGAAGCAAGUCCCAGGAUCACAGUGACCCCUGGGUAUACAGGCCUGUAGAGUACUGGAAGCUAGAGGAUCAAACUGCCCAACCCACGAAGCGACGCCAUGGAUCAUCGAUCUUCACUCUUAAGGAAAUGGAGGAUGCUACUUGCUCGUUUAGUGAGGGGAACUUUCUUGGGAAAGGAGGGUUUGGCAGAGUGUACAGAGGAACUCUACGAUCUCGAGAGGUAAAAAGUCUGUUAUACAAUCAAGUAGUAGCAAUCAAGAAGAUGGAGUUACCUUCGUUUAAAGAAGCUGAAGGGGAAAGAGAGUUUCGUGUCGAAGUUGAUAUCUUGAGCAGACUAGACCAUCCGAAUCUGGUUUCCUUGAUAGGGUAUUGUGCUGAUAGGAAGCAGAGGUUUCUUGUGUACGAGUAUCUGUCAAAUGGCAAUCUGCAAGAUCACUUGAAUGGAAUAGGGGAAGCAAAGAUGGACUGGACACAAAGACUAAAAGUGGCAAUUGGUGCUGCAAGAGGACUUGCUUAUCUCCAUUCACCGUCUGCCGUUGGUAUACCGAUUGUUCACAGAGACUUCAAAUCCACCAAUGUUCUUCUCGGUGACAACUUUGAAGCCAAGAUUUCUGAUUUCGGUUUGGCUAAGUUGAUGCCAGAGGGCCAGGAGAUAUACGCCACUGCUAUGGUUCUUGGCACAUUUGGCUAUUUUGAUCCAGAGUAUACGUCGACCGGAAAGCUCACUCUACAAAGUGAUGUCUAUGCAUUUGGAGUGGUUCUUCUUGAAUUAUUGACAGGACGUCGAGCUGUGGACCUAAACCAAGGACCAACUGACCAGAACCUUGUUCUGCAGGUUAGGCACAUACUGAACAAUCGGAAGAAGCUGAGAAGAGUGAUUGAUCCAGAUAUGCCAAGGAGUUCCUACUCGCUGGAAUCUGUAGCCAUGUUUGCUAACUUGGCAUCACGCUGCGUACGGACAGAAAGCAAUGAGAGACCUUCCAUGGCUGAAUGUGUAAAAGAACUCCAAGUGAUUAUAUAUACGAAUAACACAAAGAACUUAGGAAUAGGAGGGAGCUCCUUCAAAAUUCUCUCAUAAGAGUUGUGCCUAUUUAUUAAAGACAAGAGGGCAACUGUGCAUUAUCAACAAGGAAGAUGUUUUCUUCCUCUCCUCUUAUAAAUAGAAAAGGUAAUUGUGAAAUACAAGCAUUCAUUACAUACAACAGACUGAGAGCAAUGGAAGAAACGUGCAUCCUGAGUCAAUUAUUAGUCAGGCUUACAGCUAAGGAUAUCAACAAAAAGAAAUGGAAGCAAUGUUAAGAAUGUUUUCUUCUGCAUAUUGCUUCCCUAGCAUCAACAUUUCCCCUGCCACAGU